UGGGAGGAGUUUCUUGUGUGCGGGCCACUUGUGGUUCCUCCUCAGUGGCAGUGACAUAUUACAACACACAGGGCAGUUUAUAUUGACCUGUCAGAGUUUGAUCAGGGAAACUUCUGCUGCAGAUUCAUCCUCAACAGACCGCGGGGCUUAGAGAAAGGUUCAAAGACAAUGAUGGAGCUAAUGACUGAUACCCCUCUCAACGUCACGAACACAUCAGACAUCACUGGAAGAAACAGCUCCUUGUACGAAGACUACGAAGAUUAUGACUACAAGGACGAGCACGCUGAGCUGAGACAGUCCCUCAAAUUCAUCUCUCUCAUUAUUGUCUGCCUGGUCUUUGUUCUCGGUGGGUUCGGGAAUGGAGUGGUUAUCUGGGUGACCGGGUUCAAGAUGAAGAAAACCGUUAACACCGUUUGGUUCCUCAAUCUCGCUGUGGCCGACUUCUUCUUCACGGCGUUCCUGCCCCUGGGUGUGACGAACUUGGCUCUGGAUAACCACUGGCCUUUUGGCAACUUCAUGUGCAAACUCAAUGCCCUUGUACUGUCCUUGAACAUGUUUGCCAGUGUCUACAUCCUGGUAGUGAUCAGUGUGGACAGAUGUGUGUCUGUGGUGUGGCCCGUCUGGGCCCAGAACCACCGAAGUGUACGCAAGGCGUCCUACGUGAGUCUGGGUGUUUGGAUACUGGCUCUGAUUCUCAGCGCUCCAUACUUCAUCUUCAAGGACACUGGGUCAAACCCUAACAAUGAAGACAUCAUCUACUGCCACAGCAACUUUGCCCUUUCUGACGACUAUGAAACACCAUCAGUGAAACAGCUGCGACAGUUUCGACAUCAGACCAUGACCAUCACCCGCUUCCUCCUGGGAUUCGUCGUCCCCUUCACUGUCAUCGUCUCCUGUUAUUCUGUGAUCAUCCAUCGUCUCAGGAGGAACCGCACCCUGGCCAGCCAAUCAAGUCGCCCCUUCAAGAUCAUCGCUGCCAUCAUCACCACUUUCUUCCUUUGCUGGGCGCCGUUUUACUGCAUUACUGUAAUCCAGAUGGUUUAUCGAACGGGGAUCGACUCGAGUGAAACAUUGGGCCACGUCAUCAGAAUCGGUCUCCCUAUAGCAACCAGCCUGGCCUUUCUCAACAGCUGCCUGAACCCACUGCUGUAUGUGUUCAUUGGCAAAGAUCUUAAGGAAAAAGUCCGCAAGUCCAUCCUGAACCUGUUGGAGACUGCCUUCCAGGAGGAAGAGACACACUCUUACACUAACACAAAGUCAACAGACAGAGACAAGCAAGCUAGUAAUACCGAAGAAGCAGAAUAAUGUAUAAAUUCUGCUGGAGAAAGCACAUGUUUAUCUUUACAGAAAAUAGGAUCUUAUCACCAAAACAUCUUGAAUUUCAAAAAUCACCCAGAAGGCAUUGCAAAAUAUGUAUUCCAUAAAUUUAUGGUUGAAAAACAGAAAAACUGCGAGAAAAGGGAACUUAGUUUCUUCGUCUUUCACAUGCACGCGAAUUGUGAUGCAUCCUGUGACGAAUUCAGAAAAAUAGAGAAUUAUAUUUGUUGUUUAUGGGUCAUCAUUUAGAAUAUAUUAAUAACACAGUAAAAAUAAUAUUUUGAUGAAGAACAUCAUGUGUUUUUUUCUGUACAAUAUAGUUAUGGUUAAGCUGGAAUAUAAAUCUACAGUGUAAAAUAGUGCUGUGAACAAACAGGUUUAUAGAAAGUUAAUUUCCCAUCUUCCCCCUCAUACCCAACCCCACCCACUGAUGCCAUUGUGUGUGUGUGUGUGUGUGUGUGUGUGUGUGUGUGUGUGUGUGUGUGUGUGUGUGUGUGUGUGUGUGUGUGUGUGUGUGUGUGUGUGUGUGAGUGUGAAAGAGAGAGAUAUUUUUGACUGCUACAUGUCCAUUGCAUGAUUUAAUAAACAUGUUAUUCAGCUUAAGGACUGAUUCCUGAGAGACUAACACAGAAAUAAUGUACGUUACCAUUAGAUUAUCAUGAAUAAAGUAGCAGCUGCAUUGUAAACUUGUAUAGAACAGCUUCAUUUGAUCUUUAAAUCAUUGCCAGUUUUGUGGGGGGAUUUCGGGAUGUCUAUUUUUGGGUCUGUUGAUGAUGAUGAUGGCUGUUAUUGUGAUUCUUUUUUGUUACCACCAUUAUUUCCAUUGGGCAAAAUAUUAUCAGGACUUUAUCACCUUUUAUCUCAUCAUUACCUUAUAAUAUCACAUUACACUGUGACAAAUAUGUUUUACCAUAUAA